AUGCGGUUCAAACUUGUGUUUUGUCCACCAGAUGGAAACAUCUCUGGAAACAUUUUGUCCCUCUGUGAUACCUCAACUGCACUACAUACAUUUGAUCUUUUCCGUCAUCGUGAUAUUGAGCCUCGACUCCUUAAAAAGUUUUUAAACUAUGUUUUUUACCAUAACACCCAUCUCAAACAUUUAGGAAUCCCUGUCAAUGGUGAUAUUGCUCUCAUUUUGAGCUGUGUUUCUUCAUGCCGGGCUCUUACAUCUCUUAAGCUUUCACUUCACCCUAGAGGGAGGGAUCCUACAGAAACAUUAUUUCCAAGUUCUUUGAAUUUGCCUUUACUAACCAGCUUGGAUCUAACAAAUUUUGCCUUUUGCGGUGAUGAAAGCGGUUGUGCUGACCCCUUUUUGGCCUUUACCAAGUUGAAUACUUUGGUCCUUCGUUGUUAUAAGGUAAUGGAUGCACAAAUCCUCAGCAUAUCAAGCCACACACUUGUCAAUUUUGCUAUGCAUCAUAAUUCAUCUCUCCUUGCCAAGAUCAAGCUAUAUGUUCCAACUCUUUCUACCUUUAAUUAUACCGGGAACCACCAUAUUCAUGAAAUAUGUGGGAGCGGACUUUCUUCGGUUAAAAAGGUAAAUAUCAAAUCACGACGAUUUUCAGCUUCGAUGGAGGAUGCUUUGAUUCUAUUUAGCUGGCUGCUAAACUUUGCCAAUAUAGAGUCAUUGACAAUCACUUCAACUGUUCUUCAGAUUCUCUCCUUAGUUCCUGAUUUAUUCGAGGUUAAGCUCCCUUCUUUGCAUAAAUUGAAGUCGUUGAAAGUAAAACUGAUACGAAUUGAGGAAGGAUCUUUAUUACUAUUAAUGGAAGACGCCAUGUUAAAGAAAGCUGCUGCCAAGUCACCUAAAGAAGUUGAAAAGUUAAGAGAGGCAUUUGAAACAUGUUUGGAACCAUCCGCCGUACCUGAUGGAGUAGUUGACUUCUUGCGACAAAAUUCACCGUCGGCUGAAGUGAACAUCAGAACAAAGUACCAGAGUGCUUUUAAUCUGAAGCAGAUUGAAGAAUCUAUAAAGGGUGCGAAGAUUAACAAUUAUCAUUCGCGAUUCUCUGUGCCUUCCUCCUCCAAACUCCCGCGACUCUCUUUGCGUUCUUCCUCCUCUGUCGCACCUGCUUCGGCUGACAAGUCUGCUUCUGAAGCUGCUCCUGCUUCUGCCACCGAGCCUGCCAAGUCUGCUUCUGAUGCUGCUCCUACUUCUGCCGCGGAGCCUGCCAUUGGUUAUAAUGCAUUCUUUGUGAACCUUCUAUGUGAAAGUGUUGUUAUAUUUGGUACAUGUAUUUUCUCUGAACUUUUCAUUCUGAAGCCAUAUUCUACUGUAUGA